AUGAGCUCGCUCUGCCCUUUCGCGGGAGUCACCACUGGUGGUGGCGUAUGCCCUGUGAAAUCUGAUAAGAGCAACGCUGGGGUGCGCCCUGCAAAAUCUGACAAGAGCAUCAGUGGUGUAUGCCCUGUCACUGGAAAGGAUCAUGGUAGCGAGCUCAAGGAGAGUAGUGAUCAUGGUGAAGAAAAGGGCACUGAUCCUCGUAUGGUGCCAGCAAAAUGCCCAUUUGGCUAUGACUCCAACACGUUCAAGCUGGGUCCGCUCAGCUGCAUUGUCUGCCAGGCACUGCUCCAUGAAAGUAGCAAAUGCAAGCCGUUCUUACUGGAUUUACUUGGCAGGGCAUGUAUAUCACGCUUUAAAGACUGCCCACUAUGUGGUGCUGAUAUAGAGGGUAUUGAGCCUGAUGCCGAGCUUCAAGCUCUUGUUGACCGCUUCAUUGAUGGCCAUGCCAGAAUCAAGCGAUCACAUGCUACAGGGGAUGCAGAAGCAGCAGGUGGCAAGAAUAAAGUCAUAUAUGAGGAUGUCUCCAUGGAGAGAGGAGCUUUUCUGGUGCAGCAAGCUAUGAGGGCUUUUCGGGCCCAGAACAUUGAAAGUGCAAAAUCAAGGCUUACUAUGUGUGCGGAUGACAUCAGGGAGGAGUUGAAACCUUCAGAAGCUAACCUAGACCUAUGUUCACAGCUUGGAGCUGUAUUAGGAAUGCUUGGGGACUGCUGUCGGACCUUGGGAGAUGUUCCCUCAGCAAUCACUUACUAUGAAGAAAGUGCUGAGUUCCUCUCGAAACCCCUUGCAAAAGAUCUUGAGCUGGUUCAUACUCUCUCUGUUUCACUAAAUAAAAUUGGUGACCUUCGCUACUAUGAUGGCGAUCUCCAAUCUGCAAGAAACUACUAUGCCCGUUCAUUGGAUGUUCGCAGAAAUGCAGUAAAAGAACACUCUGCAGUGGCUUCUCAGGUCAUUGAUCUAGCAACUUCUCUUGCCAAAGUCGCGGAUGUGGAUAGAAAUCUUGGGAGUGAAAGUGCAGCAGUUGAGGGUUUUGAGGAAGCAAUUCAAUGCCUUGAGAGGUUGAAGCUGGAUUCUGAACAAACUAGCCUGGAACAGCGGCGCCUCUCGGUUCUUGACUUCCUACACAACCAACUGGCAGAUAAAUAA